AUGAGCGAACUUCUAGGAACCAAGGUCGCUGUACCUGGCACGACAAGAGGAUUCGGUGUCCUUAAGUACAUAGGGCCCAUUGAGGGGAAAUCUGGGGUUUUUGGUGGAAUCGAGCUUCAAGGCCCUAUAGCAGCUUCAAGAGGUAAGAACAGUGGUGCUGUUGAUGGGGUACAAUAUUUUGAGGUUCAGCAGCCCAUGAGUGGUCUUUUUAUACCCUGGGAGAGACUUAGAUCAUCAAAUGCCCGUUUGCCUAGGUACGAAGAUACGAUACGACCCCUGAAUGGUUUUCCAGAUAACCUCAGAACACCAUCACCAACCCAUAAACCACUCUCCAGGGUCAGCAGGCCUCUGUCGCUGUCACAGAGUCCUCAAUUAGCUCAGCCAAUUACACUCUCAAAGAGAAGAGUCACCUCUGGAGAGUCUGUUACGAGGUCUGUGGGUGGAUCAAGAAGUGAUCUGGGGGACUUGUUCGACAGAACUAGGACGCUGUACGAUGCUGAUGCCGCUAGAAAGGAAAUUAGCGAAUUAAAGGCCAUACUAGGCAGCAAGUCUAGAGAUCUCCAGGAGAGAGACAACAUUCUUGCCGGUCUUCAGAACACGGUGAACGAACUACAGGCUGUCUUGGGUGAUCUAGAGCAGGAACUCGAACAGAAAAACCAGAAGAUAGCGAAGCAAAAGGCUGAUAACGACAAGGCCAGGGAGGAAUGGCGUGAGAGUCUUCAACUCAUGAUGUCUGCUCAGCAAGAAGCAGAGGAGCUCUACGAGCAGCAGAUUCAGGAACUCAGGGGAGACGGGCAAGGCGAGAAAACCGCAGAGCUUGAAAAGCGCCUUGCAGCCUUGACAGAGGAGAACAACAAACUCAAGGAGCAAGCGAGUCUGGCAUCUGGGGAUGAUGCCGAGGAAAAGAAACAAGAGCUCGAAAAGUCACUUGAUCGUCUUCAGCAGGAUGUAGCAUCCUUGGAGUUUGUCAUUCAAGACAGCCAGAAGAAAGUGAAGGAAAGGGAUGCUAGGAUUCACGAUUUGGAAAGCGAGCUUGAAGAGUUCAAACUGAAAGAGGUUGAUGGUCUACUGAAGCAAGUGCGUGAUUUGAACGUCUCGGACUCAAAGUCAAAUGAGAAAAUUGAAGACCUUGAGCGGCAACUAGAAGAGCUGAAAAAAGAACUGAGUACCAUGGAAGAGCGUGUCAAGAAGCUUGAGGCUGAUCUUGAGCAGUCGAGGCGUGAAACCUCGCAGCUCCAAUCGAAACAGACCAACUCUCUGGAUCCAGACGAAAUAGCCAAAAAAGUGGAAGACCUACAGCACGAACUCAAGAUGCGCCCUACCUUCGAGGAGCUUAGUGAACUACAGACCGCCCUCGAAGAGGUUGACCUGCUCCAUCAAAAGUCAAUGGAGGACAAAGAUAGAGCACUUGCCGCUGCAGAGGAACAGAAGAAGGCCUUGGCUGAGCAACUCGACCAGCUACGUCUGCAGCAAACUCAAUCAAAACCGGAAGAUCCCUCAGAAGACAAAGAAAAUUCCGGGCCUGUUAGUUAUGUCAAGAACGAGACAUUGGGGAUUUACAGACCACCAAAACCAGUGGACCCUAGCAGCGGUAGACUGAACUGGUGUGGGCUUUGUGAAAGAGAUGGACACAGCAGUCUCAACUGCCCCUACGAAAAUGACAUAUUUUGA